AUGGCGGAAGAAGACCGGUCUCGUGACCACGCUGCGGAUUCUGUGGCAGAUUCUGUUUACUGUCCUGUUUGUUUGAAAGAAUUUAAAACAUCUACGAUAAACAGACACUUGGACGCGUGUCUCGCUGGAGGUGGAGCAGAAAGCAGCCCCAUGGACCCCGCAGACCAUAGCGCUCCCCCGGGGAAGAAAGCGCGUACCUCGGCUUCCUCUUCUUCCUCUCCCAUGUUCGCAAUGUUUCAAUCUAACAAACACAAACCUGGGAAUCAGGCCUCUAAGGGGACAAAACGUGGAUUGGUGGAAGACUUUGAUCAAGAGAAUAAAGUGGAUGACACUAGUGAGAUUCCUGGACAAAGUGAUUCAAACCUGUGUCCAGAUCUAGCCAGGCGGACAUUGUUUUCUAUCGAUAAACCCCUGGCGGAAAUCCUGCGUCCCAAAUCGCUGGAGGAGUAUUUUGGUCAGAAUAAAGUAGUUGGAGAGCACACGCUACUCAGGUCACUUCUGGACACGCAAGAAAUCCCGUCUCUGAUCCUGUGGGGACCGCCUGGAUGUGGGAAGACCACUCUCGCUCACAUAAUCGCCUGCUCCUGCAAAAAGAAGGGGACUUUCCGCUUCAUCACUCUGUCCGCCACCAGCGCGUCGGUCAACGAUGUACGAGAGGUCAUCAAGCAGGCGAACAACGAGCUGCGGCUGUGCAAAAGGAGAACCAUCCUGUUCAUCGACGAGAUCCACCGCUUCAACAAGUCCCAGCAGGACACGUUCCUCCCUCAUGUGGAGAACGGUACAGUGACUCUGAUCGGGGCGACCACCGAGAACCCAUCGUUCCAGGUGAAUGCUGCCCUUCUGAGCCGCUGCCGGGUGCUGGUUCUGGAGCGGCUGAGUGUGGAGGCCAUGAGCUCCAUCCUGCUGCGGGCUGUGGACACUCUGGGCGUCCGGGUGCUGGGACCAAGUUCAGACGGUCUUAAACCUCCAGUGGAGACAGUGGGACAACAGCCUGUGAUUUGCAUAGAGCAGCAUGCACUGGACACCAUAGCACAUCUGUGUGAUGGUGACGCCAGGACAGGUCUCAAUAGUCUCCAGUUGUCUAUCCAAGCCCAAGUGAGCCUGGCCCAGAGUAAAGCUUUGCAAGGCGGCUCUAACGUGGAGAUAGUGGUGACGGAGGUGCAUGUGAAAGAAGGCCUUCAGCGAUCACACAUCCUCUACGAUAAAGCUGGAGAGGAGCAUUACAACUGUAUAUCUGCACUGCACAAGUCUAUGAGAGGUUCCCAUCAGAAUGCGUCUCUGUACUGGCUCGGCCGCAUGCUGGAGGGCGGAGAAGACCCGCUGUACGUGGCCCGUCGGCUGGUACGAUUUGCCAGCGAGGAUGUGGGUAUGGCUGAUCCCUUGGCUCUUCCCCAAGCUGUGUCUGCUUUCCAGGCGUGUCACUUCAUUGGGAUGCCUGAAUGUGAGGUAAUCCUGGCCCAGUGUGUGGUGUACCUCGCACAAGCACCAAAGUCAGUGGAUGUGUACAAAGCCUAUAAUAAUGUGAAAGCCUGUCUGAGGAACCACAAGGGCCCACUGCCGCUUGUGCCUCUUCACCUCCGAAACGCUCCCACCAAACUCAUGAAACAGCUCGGCUACGCUAAAGGCUACAAGUACAACCCCGCCUUCAGCGAGCCGGUGGAGCAGGACUAUCUACCACAGGAGCUAAAAGACAUGGACUUUUUCAGCUGGACUCCUUCGAAAUAA